UCGCGAGGAACGAAAACUCAAGUCGUCUUCUUUCCAAAUCGCGGUCAUCGCCAUAGGAACUUUGCCAGUGUUAAUUUUGCAUUUUCCUGCAUUGAAUCGUCCAGAUUAUCGCGUAAUUCAACCAAAAUGGACAAAGAAACUGCGGUCCUCCAACGUCGCCUCGAGUCCGAGCUGAAAAACUACAAAGACGCCCAGAAAGAAUUUAACAAACUGGUCCAACAGCAGCAGCUUCUCGAUGGCCAGUACAACGAGAACAAGAACGUUUUGGAGGAACUGCAGCUGCUGAAGCCGACCAACACGGUGUACAAACUGUACGGUCCGGUGCUGGUGAAGCAGGAACUGGAGGAAAGCAAACAGAACGUGACCAAGCGAAUCGAGUAUAUUAACAAGGAGCUGAAAAAGUGCACCGACAACAUCCAGCAGCUGGAACAGAAGCAGGACAAGUACCGGGCAAAUCUGCAGAAGCUGCAGCGCCAGUACCAGAGUCAGAUUGCCCUCACCAAGCCUUAAUGUUUUUUAAGCGUCCCCCUCUCAUCGAUGAUUGUGUAUUUUGCGCGCUUUCCGCUACGGCUUAGCACCUUAAUGAUUCAUUGUAAUGCAUUAUCUAUCUAACUAUUACUCGGAAAAUAAUAACAAGUGAAAAGAAGUAAAAACACCAGA